AUGAGCAACGAACAGACUCCGCUGCAGAUGGAGGAUGAGAUCCUCGCGCGCUCAGAGGGCCUGCAUCCCGGUGGCCUCAGCAGAUCUACCCCGACAAACAGCGCAAACAAUGGCAAACUCGAGGGCAAUAUAGCAGGAGCACCAGCAAGUGUUGGUUCACAUCCGCAGCACAACCCGGCAGUCUUGUCGCAUACACAACAAGCGCGUUCCAUCACUUCUGAUAAACCACACGUCUCCCUUGGUGAUAAGAUCAAGGGCCAGGCAAAAGUCAUUGCAGGUGCGAUGAAGCAUGAUGUCAAUCUCGCACAAGAAGGUGAAGAUUUGAAGGCCGGAGACAAAGAUCGCUUGCAUUAA